AACAAAAAAAAAAGUAAACAGACUUGUUUUGAUCGGAGCGUCAAAGAUCAGCUGAGAAAUCAGAAGAAAUCAGCUGGAAUCAGCUGAGAUCAGCUGAAAUCAGCUGAGAUCAGCGCGCUCACGGUCAGACAGGUGGAGGUUAACGGGCACGAGCAGGUUCACGCGCUGUCGGUUUAGUUUUUUAUCGUUUGAAACGUGUUUGUUGUUCGCAGGUCGCGUGCUAAGCAGAGCUAAGGCGGCGCCUCGUGCCUGUGUAUUCAUAUUUCAUAUUUCAUAUUUAAAAUUCAUCUGAAGCUUCAGAGACGUUGCGAUGCCAGCGACAUGAAGCCGGAGCACCAGGCCGAGGAUGGACUGCUGAGUCCGGCCGACUCGGCUCGCUCGGGCCGGCACACCUACAGGAGUCCAGCCCACUUCAGGAGCCUGCUGGACGGCCUGCUGGCCCUCCGACAGGGGGGCGUGCUGUUCGACGUGGUGCUGCGGGUGGAGGGUCGAGCCAUCCCGGCGCACCGCAUCCUGCUGGCGGCCUCAUGUGAUUAUUUCAGGGGAAUGUUUGCUGGAGGUCUUCGGGAGACGCAGCAGAAGGAGAUCACGAUUCACGGAGUGUCGUACAUGGCCAUGAAGAAGAUCCUGGACUACAUCUACACGGCCGAGAUCGAGCUGGACCUGGAGUGCGUGCAGGAAGUCCUGAUAGCCGCCACGCUCGUACAGCUCGAGAUCGUCAUCAACUUCUGCUGCGACUUCCUCUUCUCCUGGCUGGACGAGAGCAACAUCUUAGAGCUGCAUCGCCUCGCCGACGUGUACGGGCUGCAGCAGCUCAACGCCAGGAUCCACUGCUACGUCCUCAGGAACAUCCAGACCAUGUCUCGGACCGACGUGUACCGACAGCUGCCGCCGGACGAAGUGUUCAGGGUGCUGAGCAGCGACGAGCUUCAGGUGAACAGCGAGAACGAGGUGUACGAGGCGGCUCUUCACUACCACUACAGCCCCGAGCAGGUGGAGACUGACCAGGUGUACUUGCAGGUCAGUGCCCAGGAGAACCUGAAGAUGCUCGACGCCGUUCGCUUCUGCCUGAUUGAGAAACACGUGUUGCAGCGGCUGUUCGGCCGACUGGACCAGUGUCCGCUGAAGGACUCGGUGUCGGCCGCCCUGCGCUACCACGAGCAGGAGCUCUGGCAGCCCGUCCUGCAGAGUCCUCUCACCCAGCCGCGCUCCACCUUCCACUGUAUAUUAGGCUUUGGGGGGAUGUUCUCCAGGUCCGUCAUGGAGGGAGAGCAUUUGUUUCACGUGUUCCACCCGAGCUGGGGGGAGUGGAGGACCCUGACGGCGGCUCACACCCCCCGGAUGUCCAACCAGGGCAUCGCCGUGCUCAAUAACUUUGUGUAUCUCAUCGGAGGGGACAAGAACACCAACGGGUUUCGUGCAGAGACGCGAUGCUGGAGGUACGACCCUCGUCAUAACCGCUGGUGUGCCAUCCAGCCUCUGCAGCAGCAGCACGCCGACCACUGCGUGUGCGUGCUGGGCGGCCACAUUUACGCCAUCGCGGGGCGGGACUACAGCAACGAGCUGGACGCAGUGGAGCGCUACGACCCGCACAGCAACACCUGGGAGUUCGUGUCGCCCCUGAGGAGAGAGGUGUACGCCCACGCCGGAGCAGUGCUUGAUGGGAAGAUGUACAUCACAUGUGGCCGCAGACGAUCCGUGUACCUCAAAGAGACUUACUGUUUUGACCCGGCGGCCAAUAGCUGGACGGUGUGCGCUGAGGGGCCGGUGGGGCGGGCGUGGCAUGGCAUGGCUGCCGUUAACGGACGCAUUUAUGUGAUCGGUGGAAGCAACGACCAGGACGGGUAUCGGCGAGACGUCCUGAAGGUGGCGUGUUUCCACCCUGAGGCCAACUCUUGGUCUCUAGUGACGCCGCUCCCCGCCGGACACGGAGAACCCGGCAUCGCCGUCCUGGACAGUCGCAUCUACGUCCUGGGCGGACGCUCUCACGACAAAAGCGACCGGAUGAAGUACGUCCACGUGUACGACGCCGACGCGGACGAAUGGGAGAACGAGUCAGAGUUCAAGGUGCGUGUCUCCGGGCUGGCGGCCUGCGUCGCCCUCAUGCCCACCGCCGCCAUCGCCGAGGCGAGGAGCUGGGAGCAGCGCGGCAAGGCGUCGCAGACAGACGUGGACAACUCGGAGGAGUCGAGCGAGGACUGACGCACUUUUUUAGGUACGGUGAGGAUGCACGCCGACCACGCCGAGUGCCUCUGAACCGAAGUGUCAUUCAGGACUCCGAGUUCUCAGACAUCAUGUUCGAUCAUCACGUCUCGUCACUGGAGCUGAACGUGGAGUCCUCUGUCACACCUGGUAUCAACGUGCGUCACUUCAGUUUGCAGAGAUCAAACCAAAAGAAUCCGACGUGUAACAAGAAGGCCCAAAUGAUUUAAGAGACUUUCUGAGCUGGUCUCGUUGCCACCGCGGGUUCACGACUUCUUCAGCUCGUUAUUCUGAAAAUCCAGAAGUUCAUUAACAAACUCUUGAACUCAUAAACAGACUGUGACUGCAGGACGAGGACCGAGUGUGAUCCGAUAACGAGCUCAGCUCAGCUCAGCGCUCCGCGAUCACGUCUGCAUCAAUAAAAUGUUUUAUUUCAUAAACUGCUGCAGAUUUCACAGAGGAGCCACAGAUACAAAGGCUAGCUGUUCCCCUUGUUUCCAGUCUUUAUGCUAAGCUAAGCUGCUUCAGAUUUAACGUCAGUUCUCAUCUAACUCACAUCGUGAAAGAAAAACAUGUUUCUGCUGUGAAGUUGGACAUUUGGACAUGGGGACUUAUGGACACUGACUCACUUCUGGAGCCAGCCUCAAGUGGACGUUAGAGGAACUGCAGCUUCACGCACAUGAAAUCACGUCUGAGUGGCGAUCUCGUGUUGAUACCAGGUGUGAACGGACUCCCGGCGUUCAGCAUCUUUUAAUUGAUCUAAACUUCAUUUCUGUGAAUUAAAAAAAUCAUUUUUCAUCCGAGUUCUCGUCCAAACUACUGAGUAACGAUAAAGUUGUUGAGUUCAAACAUUGUGCCUUGUUUCCGCGGUAACAUCCUGACGUCACAGUUAGUUUGGUGCCGGUGCUGCUGUAUGUUGCCAUGUUUUUAUUUGUUUAAAUUAUUAUUAUUAUUAUUAUUAU